AUGAUUUCUCGCUUGUUAUUUUAUCUCCUCAACAACCUCCAUGUCGUCGAGAAACUGGCAGAGUCUCGGCCGAUUCGUAGGGCGGCCCAGAUCACAGCCUACGCCAUCACUAAAGCUCAGAUAGCCGGGCGGGACGCCUCGGAACGGGUCAUGCGGUCCCAGACGCUGCGGCAGGUUCGGGACGAGGCCGGCAGAGUCCCCGGUGACCUGGGAGAGAUGGGCAGCCGCCUCAAGAGAGUCCGGGAGACAUUUGUGAAUGAAGUGAAGGAAGGAUGGAAGGACGGCUCCAGACAGAUCAAGAAAUAAAGAGGACAGACUGGCUGUAGGAUGUGUUGUUACUGACAGGCUGACAACAUCUCACCUCACUGCCCGUUGAAGAAACCAGGAGAUGAAAGGAGAAAUGAAAAAUAAACAACCUGCCUCAGGAAUGUGGUGAUCAACUGCAACCAUCAGAUAUGGUGAACUCGGAGCAGUUGACAAUCGGGAAAUGUGAUUGUUAAUAAUACGGAGAGGUCUACACUUCUUUGGCCAGAUAAUUUAUGAUGUGUGUAUUUAGUCUUGCAGAAAGCUUGUGGGACUGUCUUGGGAAAUGAUAUGUACUCUGGAGCUGUUUUGUGUUCAUAGCCUUUUCACAUGAAGCUAUGAACAAAACUACACAGUUAUGUCCUAUGUUCUGACAAAAGUAUUGUUUGAUUUUUUUUCAUUUCCCUCCCCCGCCUGGCACUCAUGCAUCUAUGACACCAAUCCUGCCGAAGACCUUUUUCUGAUCUGUUCAUGAAGUUGUCAGGGGAAACGCUUUUAUCAGCUGAAUGUGUAUAUGUAGAGGGAUGUGAUGUGUGUAAACAAUGAAUUCAUUUAAUUCUCACUGUAUGAAUAAAGAUUAUAAUUUAUAACAGUG